AGAUUGGAUGAGGAGAUCAGUUCUUGUGAGACCCAGAGUGGAGAACAGGAGGAAACUCUCAGAGAGAGAGAGAGAGAGAGAGAGAGAGAGAGAGAGCUCUUUGGCUAGUUGAGAGACUUGAGACGUGUGAUCUUUCCAUUGUGACAAGAUGCCGAUCAACCGGAUCGCUGUUGGUAGGCCCGAGGAGGCCACUCACCCCGACGCCUUGAGAGCCGCGUUGGCUGAGUUCAUCUCUACACUCAUCUUCGUCUUCGCCGGAGAGGGUUCCGGCAUGGCCUUCAAUAAGCUAACCAGCAAUGGCUCCAGCACCCCUGCCGGCCUCGUCGCCGCAGCGUUGGCCCACGCUUUCGGUCUUUUCGUCGCCGUCUCCGUCGGCGCCAAUAUCUCCGGAGGCCACGUCAACCCUGCUGUCACCUUCGGUGCCUUCGUUGGCGGCAACAUUACUCUCCUCCGCGGUAUCCUCUACUGGAUCGCUCAGCUCCUCGGCUCCACCGUCGCUUGCCUGCUUCUUAAGUUCGCCACUGGUGGCUUGACUACCUCCGCCUUCUCUUUGUCUUCUGGGGUGAGCGUGUGGAACGCGUUCGUGCUGGAGAUCGUGAUGACCUUCGGUCUUGUUUACACUGUGUACGCGACCGCAGUUGAUCCAAAGAAGGGCAGCUUGGGAACGAUUGCACCGAUUGCCAUCGGUUUCAUCGUGGGCGCCAACAUCUUGGCCGGUGGAGCCUUUGACGGAGCUUCAAUGAACCCGGCUGUAUCAUUCGGACCGGCUUUGGUGAGCUGGACCUGGGAAAACCACUGGGUCUACUGGGCCGGCCCUCUGAUCGGAGGUGGGCUUGCUGGUCUCGUCUACGAGUUCUUCUUCAUCAACCACUCUCACGAGCAGUUGCCCACCGCAGCAGACUACUGAAAAGCGAGCAAAGGAAAAGCACCGGAAGGAAGUGCGUCCGGUUGACGGACUGCCGGCCGGCCGGCUUCCCAUUGUUGUAUGUAGUUGUGUUGAGGGUCUUUUUUUGCCGUACUUCUUGUGUUGAAUUCACCAUCACCACCGUCGAUCACAAGUUCACAACAUGUCCAUCUCCACCAUCUGCUUUCCCUGAAUGCUAUCGUGUGUUUCGGGUGGGCAGGAUUGAAAUUGUGUAAUUGUGUUUCAGUCCUCUGAUUUCAUUGCGAUCAUCCUCUGCUCCAUUUUAUUGA